AUGGACUCUUGGCGUAUAAUAUGCCAGUGCCCGAACUGCAACGUCGAGGCCAACCACUGGGCACCUUGCAGAUGCCCUUACCCGUCGCCCCCUGAUGAACCUUCUUCAACACAUGCAUCCCCUAACUCUGUAUCUUACCUUGAUGAGGAGCCUACAACAUCCUCUCCUGCCGCAUUCGAAGCCAAUCAAAGUGCCAGUGCCCCCGGCGAGGCAGUCAACUUCUGUUGCGGGGAAUGGUCAAAACACUAUCACGGCUCCCAUCCACAAAUGGAUUAUGCAUCACUCAACGUGCUGAUCGAUUCCGAACCUCAGGAAACUCAGCCGGGAGAUCAUAUCCCCCAUCCGACAUCGGGCAAAUCUUCGAAGUCCGCAUCCCCCUCGCGAACUGAAGACUAUCUUUUGACCAAAGAGGCCAAGGGAAUGAGAAGCGCAGCGGAAGAAUUGGAGGAUCUACGUCCUGCAGAUAUUUUCCUUGUUGAAUGUAUGCUGAACGACAUGAAAUGGAAGAGUAUCUACAACAAAUACAAUGAGAUUUGGGAAGCCGAAAACGAGGGUGCCUUGAGGGCGCGGAUGCAUAGAAUCAAGGAUAAGAACCCUGCGCUCAGGGCCCUUCUUGAACAAAAGAUCUAA